AUGGCAGAAGAUAAGCCUGUAAAGAGUUUAGAAGAUAACUCUGAGAUAGUUACAUAUGGAUUGUUUGAACCUUUUUUUUAUCCUGGUAAUGCUGAUAGGGAAAGAAGGAUAAAUAAAUUACAAAAUGAUAUUAGGAUGUAUAUAAUUGAACUUGCUGAAAAACAAGAAAAAUUAGAUUCACUUCUUGAAACUUUAAAAAAAAUAUUAGAUCACAUUGCAGAUGAUUUAAAAUUUUUCGAAUUAAAAGAAGAG